GCUCCCCCUGCACCUCGCAGCAAUGGAGUCUCUCGUACAGGUACUAUGCCAACUCAGCACCGACCCGCACGCUCACAGGAAGACGAACCGCGCCGACGCGGCCCCGCUCCUCCGCGAGGUCCACCACGUCCUUCCAAGGAAAACGCACUAGACAUUUUUGCCAGCCCUCCCAAGACCGAGAGCCGACGCCCUCGUCGCAACUCUGAAUCCUCAAUCCUGGACAGCAAGGACGAAGACAGGAGAAGAAGAGAGCGACGCAGAGAGCGUGAAGAACGUCGCGAAAAGGAGGGAAGAACCAAGGACGGAAAAUCGAGAUCGACCAGGAAGCCCCAGGGACUUGAUAUCAUUGACAAGCUCGAUGUCACCGGCAUUUACGGUCAAGGACUUUUCCACCACGACGGACCUUUCGAUGCAUGCAACCCCCACCGCAACCGUAAGAAGGAUGUUCGUGCUCCUAUGCAAGCAUUCCCUGCAGACUCGGCCAACAACGCUCUGGGUGGAUCUGGUCCUUUGAACAAGAAUAUCGACCUCGACAGGUUUCAUGGACGUGGCGAGGAUGCCUUCAAUGAUUAUUCUCAAUCUCGCGUUCAAGCACCGACUAAGCAAUUGCAAUCAUUCAAUCCUUCCGACCGCGUCGAACAGAUCCAUGCCCCGGAGACAGGCGGCCUAGGAACCUCGACUUUCCUUGAGGGCGCUCCCGCUUCGAGGAAGGACCUUCAACGCCGAGAGUCUGAGACCGAAUCUUCUGCUUUCCCAGGAGGCGGUCUGACUCGCAAGAAGUCACUUGCUGUGCGUCUUCGAGGACUCUCGCAAAACCGCAACAACAUGCCUUCACCCGACGGAAACUACGGCGCCAUGUCUCCGAACAGCCCUGGUCAGGUGCAAAGUGCAGGUGGUAGAACCCGUAUUGCAGCUAGCAGCAAGGAGACCAACCCCUUCUUCUCCGAUUACAAUGAUGCAUACGAGAAGAAGGGCGCAACCAUUCGCUACGCCGAAGAGACAAAGGAAGGCCGUGCAAGAGCACCGAGCUCACCUCACCGAAACGGUCUUACUAGAAGUAUUACUGCAGACAGUGUGCCGUCCGCCACACAUGACGUACCUGAGAAGAGCAGCGGAGGCGGAUUCCUCAACCGCAUGAAGAGUUUGAAGGGAGGACGCAGAGCGAGACCCGAGAGGAGGGGUUCUUGA